UGGCAUCUUCUUGCCUGUAAGGCGCGAUUUAUAAAUAAAGUUGAGUUGAGUUGAGAUGGUGUUGAAGGCACUUAAGAAGUCGAAGAACAUGAUUGAUUCUCACAGUGCUCUUUUGCAUCUCGAGGUGAGUCAGCCCGGUGCUGCAGGUAGAUGAGUGCGGUCCCCCACCCCAUGUUUGGUUCAUAUGCAAAUUUUAACGGGUCUAUUUCUGGGCUUACCACUGAACAUAAAUGGGUGAGGAUGAGUCUCCCCAUGGUCUUCAUCAGAUGGGAGGUCAAGGCGACCUCUGUUGUGGUCUGGUUCUCGGGGAUGUGAUGUUUAAGGAACUGGAACCACAUAAAAGGUCUUCCACGGGAUGGGGACCUGCUCCAACCAAAGGCUCAGGGUGAACAUGUGAGUAGCCACUAAAGCUGUUCAGCAGAGUCAUUGAGCAGUCUGGGGCUGAUCCCGUCAGCAGCUUUCCUGCUCGGUCCACAUGUAACAAGAAUGGCUGAACCUUUUGUUGAAUGAAAGCAUCCCAUCGGUCAUUUAAAUUCAUCUCCAUCUCCGCUGACUCUCUGCAGGCCACCUCGAAGCACGAGCACCCCCUCCCCCCCGCACCUGCUCCUCAUCAACCGUGACGUCAGGACGGUGGGGGCACGGGGGAGUUGUCAUCGCGCGGAGCCCACUGGAUGCUGCUGAAACAAGAUGGCUGUACGCGCAGGAGGAGCAGCAGUGGAGAGCUGAGGCAAAUGCAGAGGAGGGGGACUGGAAUCCACUCCUGCUUGUCCUUUUCUGUCUGACAGAGCUACAGCCCCGCGGAACAGGGAUGGACGUCCGGAAGAAAGUGCUAAUCUAUUUCCGUUAGCUUUUAGGGGAACUGCUUUCGUCGGUUUGAGUUCCCCCCCCCCUCCUGGCUAACCAAGAGAGACUAACGGAGAGACGAAACAAAUCACGAAGCACCAAGUAACCAGAGGACAGCCGGGGACGCACACACCGCUUCAGAGAUGUCCCUGCUGUGCGUGGGAGUGAAGAAAGCCAAGCUGGAUGGACCCCAAGAAAAGUUCAACACUUAUGUGACUCUAAAGGUACAAAAUGUGAAGAGCACGACCAUCGCGGUCCGGGGCAACCUGCCCUGCUGGGAACAAGACUUCAUGUUUGAAAUCAAUCGUUUGGAUCUGGGACUGAUGGUAGAGGUGUGGAACAAAGGGUUAAUCUGGGACACCAUGGUGGGCACGGUGUGGAUUCCCCUCCACAGCAUCCGGCAGGCAAAUGAGGAAGGUCCAGGGGAGUGGCUCACACUGGACUCCCAAGUCAUCAUGGCUGACAGUGAGAUCUGUGGCACCAAAGACCCCACUCUACACCUGGUGCUGCUCGAUACACGCUUUGAGCUGCCGCUAGACAUCCCCGAGGACGAGGCGCGCUACUGGGCAAAAAAACUGGAGCAGCUCAACGCCAUGAGGGACCAAGAUUGUCCAUACCAGGAGGAACAGGAACGCCCCCUGCGUGUGCCGGGAACCCAGUGCUGUAACUGGAGUUUAUGGGGAGACCAGCAAAAUGAGGACCCGGAUAGCGCUGUGGACGAUCGGGACAGCGACUAUCGCAGCGAAACCAGUAACAGCAUCCCGCCUCCUUACUACAGCACAUCCCAGCCCAAUGCUUCCGUCCACCAGUAUCCCAUCAGCCACCAGCACCGCGGCAACAGGAGCUUGUCUUACCCACGCACUGGGAACAACCAAGACGUGGACUAUCGCCAUCAGAGAACUGUCAGUCCCACUGGAAGCUAUGCGUCAUCUGCGGAGCUCAGCCGGUGCAGCAGUCAGCUGAGUGAGGAGGACUACGGUGGCGAAUACGCAGAAAGAGACCCUUAUGAUGAAAAUGACUCCUACCACUCCUGCCACUCCUCGGUUAGCUACAGCAAAGGCUCUCCAGACUGGGACCCUGAUGAGACGCACACGUACAGCGAUGAGGGCGGUUACAGCAAAGAUGGGGGAGAAGAUGUUGCUCUGUACGAGGGAGAUGAUGGAGGGCUGUAUGAGGGAGAGGAGGAAGGCCUCUACGAGGAUGAAGAGAUGAUGUAUGACGAUGAGGAUCUGUAUAAUUUAGAUGGACCCCUCAGUGAGGACUUGGAGCCGCCUUUCACUCCCACGCCGACGUCACCUGCCCCCACGUUGCUCGAUGUACCCAACUCCAGGCCUCCUCUGGAGAAACAGGCCUCCAUACACCAACAGCCUCCUGCUAAAACUCCCAACCAGACGUCCAGUCAGACUCACCCCCCUGGUGUGGCACCAUCAGCACAGCCCCCGAAUAGCCAACAAGCAGCCCAGCUGCCAAAGCAAUCCCAGCCCCAAACACAAGCCCAGCCACAGCCUGCUCCAUCUGCCACCUCCUUCUUCUCGAUGGCCAAGCCUCUAACAGCUGCGGUCACAGGUUUGGCUUCAUCGUUCCUGUCUUCAGUUCCCACCGCCCAGCCCACCCAGUCUCACCCUCCAGCCUCAGCUGUAGCCCAGCAACAGCAGUCAGCUGCAGCCAACUCAGUGCCCCCAUCACACCCAGCCACAUUGGCUAACUCCACCACCCAGCCACCUUCCGCUGCCACAGGCCUUUCAUCCCUGCAGGCGCCAUCGUCCACAUCACCCGAAUCUCACCCCAACGAUCCCUCCACCACACAGUUAGUCGGAGUUGAGGAGGAGGCUCGCCGGCAGGAGGAAGAAUUGUGGGCGGAGAAGGAGAUGAUGAACGAGAACGAGGCCGGGACGCUCCCGGCUCAGCAUGAGGAAAAGCUUCCUGUGGAGCUGGAAGAGGAGCGGUUUGAAGAGAGCAGACCCCUGACACCAGAGGAGCAAAAGGAAAUGCCUCCUGAGAGUCCUCCUGUGCCAGAGGAGCCAAAGGAGUCAGUGGAUCCAGCAGUCAGAGCUAAAGAGAACUGGCUGAGGCUCUACAACAAGGUCCUGGACCAGCUCAGAGAGGCUCGAGGAGAGACUUCCAGCUCACUGUGGUUCGGUAAGGGAGGAAUGGGAGGUGCACUCUACAGCAUUGACAGCAUGCCUGACCUUCGCAAGAGGAAAGCCAUUCCUCUUGUCAGAGAUCUGGCGAUGUCUUUGGUGCAGAACUCGCGUAAAGCUGGAAUCACCUCCGCCAUGGCUUCAACCACUCUUGGCAACGAAGAGCUGAAGAGCCAUGUUUACAAAAAGACCCUGCAGGCUCUGAUCUACCCCAUUUCCUCCACUACGCCACACAACUUCGAGGUGUGGACCGCUACCACCCCCACCUACUGCUACGAGUGCGAGGGGCUGCUGUGGGGGAUCGCACGUCAGGGCAUGCGCUGCUCGGAGUGUGGCGUCAAAUGCCACGAAAAGUGCCAAGAUCUGCUCAACGCCGACUGUCUGCAAAGAGCUGCAGAAAAGAGCUCCAAACACGGCGCAGAAGACCGGACCCAGAACAUCAUCAUGGUCCUUAAAGACCGCAUGAAGAUCAGAGAAAGGAACAAGCCCGAGAUCUUCGAGCAGAUCCAGGAAGUGUUCGGCCUCGACAAGACUACUCACGCCACACACAUGAAGCAGAUAAAGCAGAGCGUGCUCGACGGGACGUCCAAGUGGUCGGCGAAGAUUAGCAUCACAGUGGUUUGUGCUCAGGGCCUUCAGGCUAAAGACAAAACGGGCUCCAGUGAUCCGUAUGUAACUGUUCAAGUCGGGAAGACUAAGAAGAGGACCAAGACCAUAUACGGGAACCUUAAUCCAGUCUGGGAUGAGAGUUUUCACUUCGAAUGCCACAACUCCUCCGACCGCAUCAAAGUCCGCGUCUGGGAUGAGGACGAUGACAUCAAGUCUCGUGUGAAACAGAGGUUCAAGCGUGAGAGCGAUGACUUCCUGGGUCAGACUAUAAUCGAAGUGCGCACCUUGAGCGGGGAGAUGGACGUGUGGUACAACCUGGACAAGAGAACAGAUAAGUCGGCGGUGUCGGGCGCCAUUCGGAUGCACAUCAGUGUGGAGAUAAAAGGAGAGGAGACGGUGGCUCCUUACAGCGUCCAGUACACCUGUCUGCAUGAGCAUCUGUUCCAGUACACCACUGAAGACCAAAACAGCGGCGUGGUGAAGAUCCCCGAGGCCAAAGGCGACGAUGCUUGGAAGGUGUACUUUGACGAGACGGCUCAGGAGAUCGUGGAUGAGUUUGCUAUGAGAUACGGAGUGGAGUCCAUUUACCAGGCCAUGACCCACUUUGCCUGUUUAUCAUCCAAGUACAUGUGCCCAGGAGUGCCAGCUGUGAUGAGCACGCUGCUCGCCAACAUCAAUGCAUACUACGCCCACACCACCCAGUCGUCCAACAACGUUUCUGCUUCAGACAGAUUCGCUGCAUCAAACUUCGGCAAAGAGCGGUUUGUCAAACUGCUGGAUCAGCUGCACAACUCCCUGAGGAUCGACCUGUCCAUGUAUCGGAAUAACUUCCCUGCCAGCAGUCCCGAAAGACUACAAGACCUCAAGUCUACUGUUGACCUGCUGACGAGCAUCACGUUCUUCAGGAUGAAGGUCCAGGAGCUGCAGAGUCCCCCCAGGGCCAGUCAGGUGGUGAAGGACUGUGUAAAAGCCUGUCUGAACUCUACCUACGAAUACAUCUUCAACAACUGCCAUGAUCUCUACAACAGGGAAUAUCAGACAGACCCUUCAAAAGCCGUCCCCCCAGAUGAGCAGGGUCCCAGCAUCAAGAACCUGGACUUCUGGUCCAAACUCAUCACUCUCAUUGUCUCCAUCAUUGAAGAGGAUAAAAACUCGUACACUCCUUGUCUUAAUCAGUUUCCUCAAGAACUCAAUGUGGGUAAGAUCAGCGCUGAAGUCAUGUGGAACAUGUUUGCACAAGACAUGAAAUACGCCAUGGAGGAGCAUGAGAAGAACCGCCUGUGUAAAAGUGCAGAUUACAUGAACCUACACUUUAAAGUGAAGUGGCUUUAUAACGAGUACUGCAAGGAGCUGCCUACCUUCCAGAAACACGUACCUGAAUAUCCAGCGUGGUUUGAGCCGUUUGUCAUCAUGUGGUUGGACGAGAAUGAGGAAGUGUCCAGGGACUUCCUGCACGGAGCCCUGGAGAGGGACAAGAAAGACGGGUUCCAGGUCACAUCGGAGCACGCGUUGUUCUCCUGCUCAGUGGUGGACGUCUUCUCCCAGCUCAAUCAGAGCUUUGAAAUCAUCCGCAAGCUGGAGUGUCCUGACCCGCAGAUCGUCGGCAACUACAUGAAAAGAUUUGCCAAGACAAUUGGAAAUGUCCUGCUGUCCUACGCCGACAUCAUAGCUAAAGACUUCCCAAAUCACGUCAAGAAGGAGAAAGUGCCAUGUAUCAUAAUCAAUAACAUCCAGCAGCUCAGAGUUCAGCUGGAGAAGAUGUUUGAGGCUAUGGGAGGCAAAGAUCUCAAUGUGGAGGCUAGUGAUUUCCUAAAGGAGCUCCAGAACAAACUAAACAGUGUCAUGGACGAUCUCAGUCGCAUCUUCGCUGUCAGUUUCCAGCCGCAGAUUGAAGAUAACGUGAGGCAAAUGGGAGACAUCUUAGCCCAGGUGAAAGGUCAGACAGUCCCAGCUAAUGGCAGCGUGGUGCAGGAAGCCGACAAUGUCCUGCAACCCAUCAUGGACUUCCUGGACAGCAACCUGUCGCUGUUUGCAAAAAUCUGUGAGAAAACGGUCCUGAAACGAGUGCUGAAGGAACUUUGGAAACUGGUGAUGAACACGAUGGAAAAAACGAUUGUGCUUCCAACACUCACAGACCAGACGGGGACACAGAUGAUCUUCAAUGCUGCUAAGGAUCUCGGCCAGCUGUCCAAACUCAAGGAGCACAUGGGCCGAGAGGAGGCCAAGGCUCUGACUCCUAAACAGUGUGCGGUCAUAGAGCUAGCCCUCGACACUAUUAAGCAAUACUUCCACGCGGGCGGCGUGGGCCUGAAGAAGACAUUCUUGGAGAAGAGUCCUGACCUGCAGUCUCUGCGUUACGCCUUGUCCCUGUACACGCAGGCCACCGACAAGCUCAUCAGGAAGUUUGUCCUCUCGCAGCACGCUCAGGUGCACGGAGGCAAAGGGAUCAGGUGCACGGCAAAUGAAGACACCCCACCAGAGAAAGCGUCUGGUGUGGAUGCAGUGGGCGAGGUGGUCAUGAGCCUGGACAUUUUACCCCAACCCAACGGAGAGCACAAGAUCGGGAUCAAGGUGUUGGCUGCUAAUGACCUGAAGUGGAAAGCUCAGGGCUUCAGGCCUUUUGUGGAGGUCUACAUAAUUGGCCCUCAUCUCAGCGACAAGAAGAGGAAGUUUGCCACCAAAUCUAAGAACAACAGCUGGUCUCCAAAGUUCGGCGAGAGCUUCCAGUUCUCGCUGGGCGCUGAGGUGGGUCCAGAGAGCUACGAGCUGCAGGUGUGUGUGAAGGACUACUGCUUUGCCAGAGAGGACCGCACCGUGGGCAUGGCUGUGCUGCAGGUGAAGGACAUCGCCAGCAAGGGCAGCAUCACCUGCUGGCUGCCUCUGGGGAGACGGGUCCACAUGGACGAGACGGGCCUGACGGUGCUGCGCAUCCUCUCUCAGCGCAAUAACGACGACGUGGCCAAAGAGUUCGUCAAGCUCAAGUCGGACCAGCGCUCUGCCGAGGAGGGCCGCAGCUGAGGGGGGGAAGACGACGACAUACGCACACACACAGCCCUCACGUCUCCAUAGAAACCCACGUGCAAUAUAUAAGCACACUUGUAAAGCUUCUCUAUUGUACAUAGAUCUGCAUACAUUAUGCAACAUUUACACAGCAAUGAUACCAAUGCAAAAGUUGGGAAAUAGAUUUAUUCAGAGGUUUGGUUUAGAUUUUAUUUCUGCAUUUGAACUGAGUAAGUUUACAGUUAGUAAGGCAUCAGUCUUUUCUUACAUCACCUUUUUUACGCUGUUGAUUUAGUUGUGAUUAAAAGCACCACAGAACAGCAAAACCAUGUGAAUAGAUGGGAAACGACCACUUUGCACUUUUGCUUCUCUGCGUUUUCAGGAGAGCACUUCUUGCCUAGCUAUGCUGUCCGUCCAUCCACCUGUCUACCUGUCUCUCUGUCUGUCUGCGUUGCUCUUCCUGCUUCAGCCUUGCCAUCUGCUCUACCGUCUUCCUACAGGGUGAUUUUGUGUGAGUGCAGACGCGGAUCUAAGAUCCUUUUUCCCCUAACUGACCUCAGAUCAGUGUCAACGGGGCAACAUCACCGCAUUGCUGUAAUGUACUAUCAUCCUGCAUGUGUUGACCCCAGGAACACUGUGAUUCACUCCCUGUAACCAUGGCAACAUAAAAGAUGGGUGCCUCUUAUAUAUCUGCUCGAGCAUGGUGCACAUAACCCUGCAGCUCACGUUAAUCUGAUCAGAGAUCUGCAGAUGGAGAGAUGCUUCAGUAAACAUAUUACAUCAAACUCAGCAAUUCCCCCCCCCCCCCCCCCCCCCCCCCCCCAAGAGUACUUAUUCACUUAAAAAAGGGCUACAAGAUCAGUGGACUGGGUUUUCAUUAACUAAUACACACCCUCCAUGUUUCUGUUAGCAAUCUGAUCACAUGACUCCCCUCUCCAUCUACACACACACACAAACCCAUCUUCUAAAGGCAAUAGUUGUCCCUCUGGACAAACCUUCUGUCUUCUGUCUGCGUGUCCAUGCAUGUGUUUGUUUGUGUAUCUGUCUGGGUGGAUUGUGACACCUGAAUAAUAGAUUGUGAGCAAUAUGAACACACUCCAAACAUGCGCUGUUAACAUUCUGAUCUACAGCAGCACCAAGUGCACUAUCCACAUCCAUGGAAUGGGAAUUGUGUUGUUUUAUGUAUGGACUCAUCAGUUCCCAUUCCUGUCAGAAGUGUGAAUAAAACUGAUUAGCAUUAGUAUUUUUCUUUACUACCAAAUUUAAAAGAGGUCAUAUUUGAUUAUUUUUAACUAAUGAAGCCUUCCCAGUCACCGCCAAGCAUUUAAAAGAGAAAAAAAAGCAGACACAGCCAUAGUCCAACUCGUCUUGUAGUCUCUUUUCUAAACGUCAGCAUUAGGUUUUCUGUCUGUUACACGUCGUCUGUAUUCAGGCCUGCUGAAAGCUACCAAAAAUAAAUCCUCUGUCAUUUAUCCACAGCAGCCUUCUCUCUCUCUGGUUGAAGGGGCUGUUUAAACUAAAAACUAGCUUAGAGACACCGAUUCAUGCCUUUUAAAUUUCACUGGAGUUCUGUUUGAUUUUAGUUUUGCUGACUCGAGCUGCUCCACUGAUUUUAGACAUCUUUUUACUGAUCAGCUUUAUGGAGAUGAUGAAUCCGUGGAAUGCGCCGGUGGAGUUGCACCGUUCUCACCGGCUGCAGAUCGUAGCUGAAACUUCAACAGAAAACCAUCCAGGUCACAUGUGACGACACACCUGCACACGGAUCUCCACCUAAGCACAAAAGGGCACACGUAGACGACACACACAUGCAUUCAUGCACGCCAACACCACUCUGUGGAGACAGACGACGCUCGCGCUGUGAAUAGAAUCGACCACACUUGCAUGAUGGGAAACGUUUUAGUGUCAGCACGUUGUGUCUUUGAUGUUACUUGCCUUUUUCUCUCUUCUUUUUAACUUUCCGAAGCUACAUAACUAGUCAUCAGUGUGUUUUGUUUUUCUGAAAAUAAAUAAUUCAUCUGUUAUUAAUAUGAAUGUGGUGUGAACACAGAAGUCGCAUGAAAGGAUUGUUUUCUACUGAGGAUGUUUGUAAUUUGUUUCUUAAUCAUUAUUGUUUAACAAGGAUGAAGUGGAUCUGGAAUGCAGCCUUAUUGUGAACUGCUUCCUAAUAAACACUUUUGUGUCACAAA